AUUUUUCAUGUUGUAAAAAGCACUUUGGUUGAGUGAUAGUUAACUGUAGUCAAAGACAUCCGAUAUGGAGGAUGCUUCUGGACCCUUGCCACACCAGGAUAAAACAGAUGCACGACGGGAAGAGUAUCACAUGGAUUUUCAGAAUGAAUUAUAUGAGCGGAUGCCUCCCUCCACGGCUCCCAGUGGUGUGGGAGAUGAUUCGGGCCUUGGUGACGGGAGUGAACCUCAUGGCGGACUCAUUGAUGACCUCCUGGGCCCUCAUUUUAGAAGCAGAUUCCGAGAUUCUGGGAUUCACAUACAUAUAGGGACGGUGCAUUAUCAUCGAGAGCCUCCUCCAUUACCGGGGAUGUAUAGAGGACCUGUCUAUCAUGGACUCACCCAGCAACCCCCUCAACCAUGUAGUCCUCUGAGUGGCAACCAAUACGCAUCAUCACCUGCACUUCAUCAGUAUCACCAAAGCAGUUCCAGUCACGUGGGAAAUAUGCAACCACAUCCCUCGCGAUCAGGUGUUUUAGAAAACUUUUCUUUGAGACAACCUAAUACAGUUAUAAAGGGUACAGAAGAUGAGACACACAAAGCUAAAGGAAAAACAGAAGCUUCGACUUCAAACUACAUUUCACUGGCAGAGUGCAAUACAAGCGAUACUGUUAACUCAAUGGAAGGGGGUUUUCACAGCGUCGUACUUGAACCCUCUGAGCAGAUAAUUGAUGGGGUUCCAACUCAUUACGAGGUUAACUUAAAGCUCUCAGAAGACGACCCAGUUAUGUAUACUGGAGAGCUCAAAUGUGUCCCGUCAGUGCCAGACGUACGCCCGCCAACUGCGGCAUUACACCGCCCGCGGUCUACAAUAUAUAUAAACAGUGCAUACAUAAGCCAGAACAAAAAGACAGUGGUUGAAGGCGUACAGGAAGCUGACUAUGUAAACUAUAAUCAACCGUUCACAAAAGCACAGGCAUACAGAAUAGGCAGUGCAGGAGCACCGGGGAGUCCUCCUAUGGGACAAACAUCUAGACCUGUCCCUCCUAUGGAACAGACAUCUACACCUGAGCUAAGGAUGACCACACAAAGUGAGACAGAAGACAAAGCUCCACCUGAGCACAGGUUCAAUCGUGGCUUGUACUCCAGAAGGGAGUCAUCAUCUGAGAAAAUUGGUGGUAGGAUCUGGAGAUCAGCUGCUAACUUAUCAGAGACUGUUCCUGUCGUCAGACCGAGAGAGAGCAGUGCAACAUGUUCAAAGUUUACCUGCAUAUCAGAGGGUUUUCAUCCAGACAUUGAAGACGACAACGAAAAAGCUCAUAUAAAAGAAUGUCUUCACAAUAAAGGAAAGAGCGGAAACUGGGUAGUGUUGACUCUACAGAAUCACCCUGUAAACAGGUUUUGCCUUGAAGUAAAAUACCAGGAUGACGUCCUUUCCUUCCCAGUGAUGCUGACUCGCAAGAGAAAGUACAAAAUAGAUCCCUCCCGUAAGGGUUUCAAGUGUCUAUGCAAAUUGAUUGAUUUUUACAAGAAAAACAAACUUCCAUCGUGCAAUGUUAAUCUCGGAAGUGCUUUCCCUAAGUCCUCAAUCCCACCAACGGAAGCGGAGGCUGACUGCAGUGACGAGGUCUUAAGGCAAUAUGCUGGCAUCAGGUUAUAAAGGCUCCAAAAAUUCUUACACCACUUUCUCCAAAUUUGAAAAUGGUAGAUUCGAAAUGUCAACUUCUGUUCUAGUUUUACUGCAUUUUAUGAGCUUGAAAAUUCAUUAAAAUAUUUUCAUUUUACGAGAACAACAUUUCUCGUUCUAAAAUAAAAACAGAAGACUGGUGUUUUACGUUUCCAAUGUUUUUUUUUCUCUAAAAAUCAAGCUAUUUAAAUCCCAUUGAUAGCUGGGUUUUGGGGGAAAUUUAUAAUUUGCAUAUAUUGGUCUACCCCACUAAAAAUUUAUGUAAAAUACAUGUAUAUGUAAAGAAUUACUUGAUUAUUAUUUUAUACCAUUAAACUUGGAAAAUAUAAAUCUCAUGCAUAGGUAUACCAGCUGUUACUUAUUGCAACACACACUGAGAUGUACCUGUAUAUACAGGUCCUUUGUAUUCUGUGAUAUUCAAACCAAAUAUUGUUAUCCUUGUUUUGUUCU